AUGAAGUUUACACCUAGUAUUGUUUUGGAUGCUCCGUCAUAUUAUGUGGACCACAUUAGCGGAAGGUAUAACACGGAUAAAUGCGUGGUUUUACGAGAUAAGCAGCUGGAAACAGAUUCUGAAUUAAUGAUUACAAGUUUAAAGCAUCUGCCCAAAAACACAAAUAUAUUGGAUCUUACAAAUAAUGAUUUAUUUGCUUUCCCAAAUCUUGCGAGCUUUAAGGAAUUACAUACUUUAUUACUAUCAAGGAAUAGAAUCGUCGAUUUAGAUGGAAAACUACUGCCGUGCAAUCUUCAGAAUUUGGUAUUAGCAAGCAAUGGUAUAUCUGAAUUGAGUUCCUUGAAUGGACUUGCGAAGGCACCUACUUCACUAAAAAAUGUGUGUCUUAGAGGUAAUCAAAUAUGUCAUUUGAGCGGUUAUAGAGAAUAUGUGCUGGCACUACUGCCACAAUUAGAGACUUUAGAUUUUAGUCGUGUGACACCAGAUCAGAAGGAAAGGAUAGGAAAGGUCUCUACAGUUACUAAGCAGGAGCUUUCCUCUGAAGGUGAAAGCGCAAAGAGAGAUAAGUCUAUUGAAAUGAUGAAUUUUGUUGUAGGUAAAAUGACUGCAGAACGGAGGAAAGAGCUUAAGCUGCAAUUAGCACAAGCAACUUCUUUACAGGAGAUAAGUAAGCUAGAAAAAUUAUUAUCUGGAGGUGUCUGA